AUGUCUUUUCGGCAUGAUGAUAGUGUUGCACGGUAUGGUGAAUCUUUUGGUGGAGUUGCAAGGACAAGUUUAUCAGAUAGAUUAAAUUUGAUGUCAAUUUCAUUUGUGAUAGAGUUAAUAGGCAACAUCACCGACACAUGGAAUUGGUUCAGAGUGCACGAAAACGUGGUUCCGCUUAGGGCAUAUUAUUAUCAUGCUCCUCCAAAUGAUCAACUGGUUUUCCUGAAAGUGGAGAUUAUUCUUGUGUAUGAUUACUACAAAAAGGAUAGUGUUCAUAAGAUGUUGCAUGGAAAAGUGAAGGUUGACUGGGAUACUCGCCUAAGGGUUGCAAUUGGAGUAGCAAGAGGAAUUGCUUUUAUACACAGACAAGACAACGGAACUUUUUUCCAAGGAGGUAUAAAAUCCGAGAAUAUUUUCCUCAAUGCUGGAAACUAUGGUUGCAUUUCAGAACUUGGAAAAUGCAUUACCGGACAUAGAGAACCUUACGUGAAGAGUAGGAGGGGAAGCCUCCAAGAAUCAGAUGUACUUCUUGAACUAGUAACUGGGAAAUAUCCAGAAUAUGGCAUCGGGGAAAACUUUAAGACAUGUAUUGGUAGCAGGAACCAAUUAGGUAGUAAGGUUGAGUACUUCAUUCGUCGUGAGAAAAUAAAUCAAGAAGAGCAUUGUUUUCAACUAUUGGACCCUGAAUUAGUAAAGCAUUAUGGAGAACUUAAAGGACAGCUGAUAGAGAUGCUAUGGAUAGCAUGGGAUUGUGUUACAUUUCCCACACGGGGGAUGGGUGAUGUGGUGGAAAGGUUGGAGGGUAUUGGACAAUUAGAACUCUCGCUCGAAUUUCUACAUCCAGUCCAAGAUGUCCAACUAAAGUUGGGCCAGUCUCAUGUGACCAAUCUACUGCAUCUGUUUGAGCAUGAUAGAUACAAUUUAGUGUAUAAAUGA